GAACUCCUUGUUAGCCCCUGUGAAUGCAGGGGUAGCCUCGGUUUCGUCCACAAGUUCUGCAUGGAGAAGUGGCUGAACAUGCGUAAUCAGGACACCUGUGAAUUAUGUCAUUUUAAGUUUGUGACCAAGAGGAGGUUUAAGCCCUUUAAUGAGGUUGGUUAUUAUUUUAAUUUUGCAUUAUUGGAAUUUUAUCAUUAUCAUCAGUUUUUUAUGACUGAUAGAAAAUUCGUCAGUGGCUUCAUAGCUCAGUUGGUAGAACAUUCUCACUCGCUUUUAAUUAGUGAUUUUGACAUACAUCAGAUAAGUAAAAACUAACGAUAUAAGGGGCCAAAAACGUUCGAAAACUUCCAUGCAAAGGUCCAUCGAGUGAAGAACGUGUUCCAUUUGACAUAAGUUCCAUUCGUUUAUAAUCUAGUCUCCAAAAUUCAAAAUGAUGGUACAAAUAUAUAUUGCCGUGAAUAGCCUGGAAGUGGUAAUUCCUUGUGAAAACUAGUAAAUGGAACAUGCUUUUUCACCGGAAAAAUUUCCAACGGGAAAACACGACUACUUUUUCAAAAUUCAACUUAUUCCCGGGAAUUUUCCAGUGGAACAUGUGUUCCAUUAACAUCCCAACCAGAAUUUGUCGCCUCGUUUCGGCGAUCUGGACAGGCGCUCUAUCGAAUCAUGAGCUUUGAAAAGGCUCGCACGGGAUGAAUAAGAGCAAGGAAAGGUCAUUUACAGCUGUAGCUCUAUGUGUGAGGAGUGCACGUGCUUACUGCUAGGAAAACAAAAAUGCAGUAAUAGAAAAGUUGGUACAUGUAGGUAACAUCUCUUCUUAUAUUAAAUUUCAGCUUCAAUUUGGAAAUGUUUUCGACAUGCUAAGCGGCAGUGAAAAGGGCGUGCUUGUCCUGGGACUGAUCAACCUUUUUCUCCUGCUACUAGAGAUUCCAUUUCUCUACUACGUCAUCAAAAUAACUAGCAGUUUUUUUAACAGUAUUCUACACGAAACAGAGGAAGUGACUGACGAGCCGAGAAGCCAGGUUUACAGCCUCCUUCUAGUACUGCUGUUAUUAUUUACGUUGGUUUUGUUUGCCUCCUCCCUUACCUUCACCGUGUUUGGUUUCAAGGUUUUUCGCAAGAUGUUGGAUUUGAGCAGAGAACUCGUUCUGAUCAUUCCCAUGAGGCAAUCGAAAGAAAAGGUCGUAGAGCUAUGA